AUGUAUUUCCUUGUGAGAGUCAUUUCUCACAUCUUUGCGGUUUUUCAAUUCCUCCGGACAAAACUGAGCAGCCUUAAAUCGACCGAAACGGCCACAUCCUGCCCGUUAGCCAUUGUAGGGGUGGGGCUGAGGCUUCCCGGUGGAGUCAAAACCGACUCCGAAUUCUGGGAUCUUCUCGUCAACAAACGGUGCGCUCGAAGGGAACUGCCGCCAGAUCGGUACAACAUCAAUGGGUUCUAUAGCGAGUCGGGCCAAAGGGGAUCCGUGCGUUGCAAGUAUGCUUAUUGCCUGGAUGAAGAUAUCAGCAAAUUCGACGCGGAGUUUUUCAAUAUCUCCCCUGUCGAGCUUGCCAGGAUGGACCCACAGCAACGUCUCCUAUUGAAGGUGGUCUGGGAAUGUAUGGAGAGCGGAGGUCAGGUCGCAUGGCAGGGAAGGGAUAUUGGGUGUUUUGUCGGGGUCUUUGGGGAAGACUGGCUAGAUAUGACCCGCAAGGACUAUCAGAAUUUGGGUCAGGGUCGGGUUGGCGGCACGGGGGAUUUUGCUCUUGCCAAUCGAGUUUCAUACCAUUACGAUCUCACGGGGCCCAGCUGCACAGUUCGAACAGCUUGCUCCUCAUCUCUUGUCGGUCUCGACAUGGCUCAACGUGCCAUUGCAACAGGGGAGUGCUCCUCCGCGAUCGUGGCAGGUACUAGCCUCCUUCUUACGCCAACUUAUACAAUUGCCAUGACCGAGGAAGACGCACUGUCUCCAGACGGAAAAUGUAAAACGUUCGACGCUUCUGCAAAUGGAUACGCUCGCGGGGAGGCAAUCAACGCUAUCUACGUAAAGAAGCUUGAGGAUGCCAUUCGCGACAAUGAUCCCAUCCGGGGAGUGAUCCGGGGGACGGGUACGAACAGUGAUGGGAAAACCGCAGGACUAUCCACACCCAGUGCUGAAGCCCAGGCAGCACUCAUUCAGAAGACCUACGAGCAGGCAGGGAUCUCGGAUCUUUCACAGACGGUAUAUAUCGAGGCUCAUGGCACAGGAACAACAGUUGGAGACCGAACCGAGGCUGCGGGGAUUGCCAAAAUGUUUGGAAAAAAGGGUAUCGUUAUGGGAGCGGUAAAACCAAAUUUGGGUCAUUCAGAGGGUGCUUCAGGGCUUACCGGUUUGAUCGAAGCUGUGCUUGCUCUCGAGCACAAACAGAUCCCGCCAAACAUUCAUUUCUCCACACCUAAUCCAGGCAUACCAUUUGAGGAAGCCCGACUCAAAGUACCCACAGAGACGCUGCCCUGGCCAGUGAACCGCAUGGAAAGGGUCAGUGUCAACUCCUUCGGUAUUGGAGGCGUGAACUCACACGUAAGACACCGUCCAACUAUUGUCGAAUCAGCCCCGUCCAACGCCCGAGGUUUGAAGAGGAAUAAAAACGGCAAAAGGCGGUCUUAUCUUCAUGUUGUUUCUGCCGACAGUAUGGAAUCACUUGCAGACCGGCUUCACGCAACGAAGGAAUACCUGGCGAACAGACGAGUGCCCAUAAUUGAUGUCGCAUAUACACUCGGUCAACGUCGAGAUCACAUGGUCUGUCGAGGCUUUGUCAUAAGUGACGAUUAUGGUCAACCUGCCGUGUCGGAUACGCGCAGAACCCCGACGAAGAACCAACCCCUGGCCUUUGUCUUCAACGGACAAGCCGAAGAAGCAAUUGUGAUUGCUUUCUACCGCGGGAAAUUAGCCAGUUCACUCCCGAUUGAAGGGGCCAUGGCUGCCAUCGGUUUGAGCCCACAGGAAGUUGAAGAGUUCCUGGUGGAGGGGGCAGUCAUUGCCUGUGAGAAUAGCCCUCACAGUGUGACCAUCUCCGGCGACGUAAAGAAGGUAGAGGCAGUGGGUCACAAGAUCAAUCUUGCGCGGCCGGAAGCCUUCUAUAGGCGUCUACAGGUCAAUAUUGCGUACCACUCCCAUCACAUGAAAGCUAUCGGAGAGGCAUACAGAACCAUUCUCGAAAAACAUGUUGGAACUCAUCCACCCCUUCCAUAUUCCACAGUGAGCGUAGAUUUUCAAUCAGGUCUGCCUCAAUUGGACGCCGCGUACUGGCAGAGGAACCUAGAAUAUCCUGUGCGCUUCUGCUCUGUGGUUCAGUCCUUACUAAAAGUUGAAGAAGGUGCCGUCUUCGUCGAGAUCGGGCCGCACUCAACACUUGCUGGCCCCCUCCGGCAGAUUUAUUCAUCUAACGGACCCCAGUCUAAUGUUACGUACAUUCCCACACUUGUCAGAGGAAAGAGCUUGGUUAGCAGUAUGAUGGCUACUGCGGGCCAUAUUUUUACCCUUGGAGUGAACGUCAACCUCGGCCUUGUCAACGGGACUAGGGACGAGACAGUUCUCACUGACCUUCCCCUUUACUCCUGGAAGGAACGCACCGCAUACUGGGAAGAAAGCAGAGUCACGAAGAGGUGGAGAUUCCGGACCUUCCCCAAUCAUGAGCUUCUGGGGUCACCGCUGCUCGAGGCCAGUGAUCUGGAGCCUGCAUGGAGAAACAUUCUUCAACUGGAGGAUGUACCGUGGCUGGAGGACCACCAACCUGGUGGUGAUAUUGUCUUCCCAGGUGCCGGAUAUAUCGCUAUGGUGGGAGAAGCUAUUCGAAGGAUCACUGGUAUCCCUGAAUAUACAAUUCAUCGGCUGCAUAUGAAUAAUGCUUUGUUACUUCAUCCAGGGACGCCGGUGGAGAUUAUAACAAAUAUAAGACCAGGAAGGAUCACGAGCGUGUCAGACUCGGCGGCUUUUGAGUUCACAAUAUCCUCAUUUGUCAAUGAAUACUGGACGAAACAUUGUACUGGGUUCGUCAGGGCUGGCCGAUGGACACAAAACACCGACUGUGAUCUUAUGGAUGCUCUACCUCGAACGGUUAACUCGAGCAUCUGGUACCGCGCCCUUUCCGCGCUCGGCUUGACAUACGGCCCAACCUUUCAGGGCUUAGAAGACAUUACUGUGGAUCCGACAGGAGGUAAAGCAAUAGCAACGGUAAAUGGAAACUUUCAGCAUAGCGAGUCAUUCUACCACAUCCAUCCCACUAUGAUCGACCAGUGUCUGCAGCUAAUGAUCUUGGCCAAGUGUGGCGGCAAGUCACGCAAGAUUGAGCGGCCAGUGGUACCAAAGACAAUCAAGGAGCUUCAGAUCGCACCGGCGAGCCAGGCUUUCUGUAUUCAAGUUCAAGUAUCAGUUGGUGCAGAAGAUGACGACGUACUUGACGGUCGCAUAUUGGCAUUCUCAAAUGGACAACCUGCUCUCCAGAUGGCGAGCUGCACUUUCAGUAGUCUGGACGUGCAGGAGAAAGUUGAUGAUCUUGCGGCGACGCAGAUGAGGUGGGCUCCUCACAUUGAUCUGGUGCAGCAUCAGGACCUUUUCGAGGUGAAGUCUAUCAAAAGAACUGUCGUUUUGCUAGAACAACUUACUGUGCUUUGCAUCCAUGAAGCUUGCGACAGGCUCCGGUCCACAGUCAUGGAGGUCGAGCACUUCGCUCAGUAUAGAAACUGGCUGGAGGCGGAAUCGAUCCGCAUUGCCAACGGCGAGUACGACCACAUCGUCCCUGAGGCCCGUGGAUGGUCCACAUUGGAUCCGCAACAACGCCAUUCACUCAUCAAGGCAAUAUCUGUGGAAGCCUUGGAUAAGGUGCUAUCAGCGCCUCUGGGUAUAGCUAUCGAAUCUAUAUUGCAGAAUAUUGAAGGUCUGGCUAAAGGCGAAGUUCAACCACUGGAGCUCCUGACGAAGAAUAAUGUGCUGUCAAACAUAUACACUGCGAAGAAUCAGACAGGCUCGUUCUUCGCAACCAUGGGCCAUACCAGACCUACAAUCAAAGUCCUUGAGAUUGGCGCAGGCACUGGCAGCACAACGGCGAGAGCCCUCAAGUCUCUUGUUACUGAUAACGCGGUGCGAAUGUACUCACAGUAUACGUUUACAGACAUUUCCCCUGGAUUCUUUGCUACGGCAAAGGAACAAUUCCAGGGGUAUGAGCAGAUUGACUUUCGUGUUCUCGAUAUUACCAGGGACAUCGAGGAGCAGGGCUUUUCACCUCACAGCUUUGACUUAAUCAUCGCAGACAAUGUCCUACAUGCAACCCCCUCGCUCCAUGCCACGCUUCGUAAUGUUCGACGGCUGCUUGCUCCCGGCGGUAAACUCUUCCUCCAAGAGCUUUGCACAGGCUUCAUCAUGGGCACACUUCCCGGAUGGUGGCUGGGAAGCGAGGACGGACGCCAAUCUAGGCCUUAUGUUUCCGUCCAGCGAUGGGACGAUGAACUACGGAAGGCCGGAUUUACGGGUGUCGACUCUGCUAUCUUCGACGACGAUCAGCCCUACCAUGUCAAUGCUUACAUGAUUUCAUCUCCGGCGGCAGAUAAAUGCAAUGUUAUAUCCACCCCGGUCACUCUUCUAUACCGAUCCAAAAUCAACGUCGCAGCAAGCAAUAUCGAACGAACCUUGAUCAAGAAAGGUUACAGCGUGUCAUGGCAAAAGUUGGGAAAGGAUUUGCCAGCGGAACAAAUUGUAGUUUCGUUAUUGGAUCUAGAAGGGCCCUUUUUCCACGAAAUUGCUCGCGAAGAUUGGAACGCCUUCGUUGCUUAUAUUACCUCCACAGAGUUUGGGAGCAUGAUCUGGAUAACGAAAAACUGCCAAAUCCACUGCGACGAUCCGCGCUAUUCAUUAGUGUUGGGAGUUGCGCGGAAUGUUCGGUUCGAGUUAUCUGUCGAUUUUGUGACGGUAGAAGUCGACGAGUUUUCUUCUCAAGAGGCGACAGAGAGUCUGGAGAAGAUUAUCGCAAACUUCCGCGCCCAGAAGAGGCGAGACAAAGCAGACAUUGACCCGGAAUAUGCAAUCGUCAACGGCAUAACGCAUGUUCCUAGAUAUUUUCCAUGUUCCCCAAGCGAGCACGUGGAUGAUCCGGAAGAGGGCACUGGAAGAAAGUUAUGUAUUGACAAGAAAGGAUCGCUGGAUUCGCUGUCAUGGGUGCAGACGCGCCCAAGGGAUUUGGAUGAUUAUGAGAUAGAGAUUCAGUUGGAGGCUAUUGGGCUUAACUUCAAGGACGUACUCAUUGCAAUGGGCGUGAUCGGUGGGUCCAAGACAGCACUGGGACUAGAAGGGUCAGGAACGGUGACCAGGACCGGAGCUGGUGUGGCCCGACUCCAGGAAGGUGAUCGAGUGAUGACCGGGGCUUCAAGGGGAUGUUUCUCUAGCAGUGUGAUUACGACAGAGAGUCUCUGUGUUCGCAUUGCGAUCCAUUCUCUCAUUGAGCUUGCGAAGUUGCAAGCGGGAGAUACUAUUCUCAUCCAUUCUGCCUGCGGGGGCGUUGGCCAAGCCGCUAUCCAGCUCAGUCAAAUGAUAGGCGCCGAGGUCUAUGCCACAGUUGGGAGCGUGGAUAAAGUCCUAUUUCUUACAGAAAACUUUGGGAUCCCCCGAUCCCGAAUAUACAAUUCACGAGACUCCAGCUUUGCAGAUAAGGUCCUGCACGAUACCGAGGGCAGAGGCGUGGACGUGGUUCUAAAUUCGCUGUCUGGAGAGUUGCUCCACGCGUCCUGGCGGUGCGUUGCCAGCUUCGGGACAAUGGUAGAGCUAGGGAAGCGCGACUUUCUCGACUACGGAAUGCUCAGCAUGAACGAGUUUGCAGACAACCGAACUUUCUCCGGUGUCGAUCUGUCCGUGUUGAUCGACAAAAAGCCCCAGGUGAUCCAACGUUAUCUACAACAAUGCGUAGACCUUCUCCAAGAGGGUCAUCUGAAGCCGAUCUACCCCAAUCACGUUUUCGAUGCAGUCGAUGUGACAAAGGCAUUCAGAUACAUGCAAGGUGGGCAGCACAUUGGGAAGAUCGUAGUGAGAAUGCCAGAAGACCCGGAGCGAUUAACCACGAACGUCGCUCUGGAAAUCCCACCACUAUUUUCCAGCGACAAGGCCUACCUUCUAGUGGGUGGCCUUGGUGGUCUGGGUCGAGCUGUCUCGGCCUGGAUGAUAGAGAAUGGGGCCCGGCAUCUGGUGUAUUUGUCUCCAACUGCGCACAUCAAGCCCCGGACGCAGGAGGUAUUCCGCGAACUGCAAUUUUUGGGCGGUAUGACCACGCUGGUUACAGGAACUGUCACGAACAUCGAGGACGUCAGGCUGGCAGUGGACCUUAGCCCUCGACCAAUCGCUGGUGUGCUACACAUGCCAAUGGUGUUACGGGAUCGGCCUCUAGGUGACAUGACAUUAGAGGACUGGGAGGGAGCGACCGCACCCAAAGUUCAGGGAGCGUGGAAUCUGCACCAAGUCUUCGAUCACAACGUAGACCUGGAUUUCUUCCUCCUCAUCAGUUCGAUUGUGGGCCAUCAAGGGAACUGGGGGCAGACCAACUACGCUGCCGGGGGCACAUUCCAAGAUGCCCUCACACGUCAUCGCCGAGCACUAGGGCUGCCGGCAAAUGUCAUCGACGUUGGCGUCAUGGGUGAAGUGGGCUUCGUCAGCGAAGACGCCGCAACUUUCCAGAAGUUAAAGGUUGUGAACCUCUUACUCUCGGAGAGCGAGGUCCUGCAAUCUAUCCGGGUGGUUCUAAGUCAGCAGCGUGCCGCAAAGGCCGCAGGAGCCAAAUGCUCCGGUGGGAUCGCCGACCUCCUCGUUGGCUCCAUAUCCAAAACGAGGGGACUCAAUGGCCUUGCCAAGGACGACGUCCGGAUGAGCGUACACCGGAAUCUUAGCACGUCUCGCAGCAACGCCCUAGUCUCAGGCGACAGUCCACUAAAACAGUUCCUCCACAGGGUGGCUGCGAAUCCUGACGUGUUGAGCGAAGACUCAAGCCUUGAUAUUGUUACCAGUGAGAUUGUGAAUAUGCUUUGCUCGAUCAUGUCCCUGCGUACAGAAGAUAUGGAUGUCACCUCCUCGUUGACUGCCCUGGGUCUUGAUUCUCUGGUCAGUGUCGAGAUCCGCAGAUGGUGGCGGCAAAACCUCGGGCUCGAGAUCAGUGUGCUGCAAAUCACCUCGCUGGGUUCCGUUCAGCAGCUAGGUGUGCUCGCCAUUGAAUCACUUCGGGAGAAGUACCUGGGAGAUAAGGAGCAACUUUCUCCACCGGAGAAGUAAAUGUUGUCUGUCGAACAUGCAUUUCUCUACGCCGAUCCCAGAUAGUGUGAACCAAAUGACGAUUUACUCGUCGUUUUCAGCAUGUAUCGCAGGCCUGCGUGGCGAAUACACUCCGAGACGGUUGCAUGUACGCUCAGUCCUGGAUGUAUUUUACUUUUGUUAGAGUUGUGGCUGGAAGGUGAGGGGUUUUUCUCGAGCAUGAGGGUUGGUCUAUUUCGACGCUGCGAUGGACUCGAGCU